UGACCGCGGCGCGCUUUAUAGCAACCGUUGCCCUGUUAUCCGGCGCCAUAGUCACCGUAGUCGUGGCGACUGUAACCCACCAACAACAACAACCAGCACCUCGCGCUCCAUCCUUACCGCCUCUGCCAUCCUCAUCCUCAUCUCCACACACACUUCAGGCGCCAUGCAAACCCCAGAGGCUGGCGCUGACUCCUCGUCCACGGUGCCCCUCCAGACCAGUGUGCCUGUGCAGCCUGCUGUCACCACCCAGCAGGUGCCCACUCAGGUGCCCGUCCAGCAACAGGCACAGACUGUUCAACAGGUGCAGCAUGUGUAUCCGUCCCAGGUGCAGUAUGUGGAGGAGAACAGCGGCGUCUACACCAACGGAACCAUACGCACAUACUCGUACUCAGAGCCGCAGCUGUACAGUCAGAACAGCAGUGGGAGCUACUUUGACACGCAGGGCGCCGCGCCCCAGGUGAGCACGGUGGUGACGACUCACAGCUUGGCCAACAACGGCAGCACUAACGGCGGGCUGGCUAUGGGCCUCACGGGGGGUCAGAUCAUCAGCAGCUCAGGGGCCUACCUGAUUGGGUCCAACGCCAUGGACGGCUCCGCCCCUCACACCGCAGCACAGACCACCAGGGCCUCUCCUGCUACGAUUGAAAUGGCGAUUGAGACGCUCCAAAAGUCUGAGGGUUUGUCCAGUCAGAGAAGUUCACUGCUCAACAGCCAUUUGCAGUGGCUUCUGGAUAACUAUGAGACUGCAGAGGGGGUGAGUCUGCCUCGCUCCACACUCUACAGCCAUUACCUGCGCCACUGCCAGGAGCAGAAGCUCGAUCCAGUCAACGCCGCAUCGUUUGGGAAACUCAUUCGCUCCAUCUUCAUGGGCCUGCGCACACGCCGCCUCGGAACCAGAGGGAACUCCAAGUAUCAUUAUUACGGGAUCCGCGUGAAGCCAGACUCACCUCUGAACCGGCUGCAGGAAGACAUGCAGUACAUGGCACUGCGGCAGCAGCCUGUGCAUCAGAAACAGAGGUUCAAGUCUGUGCAGAAGGCAGAUGGCUUUUUAGGAGACAACUACUCGAGCAGCGGGCAUCACAAUCCCAACGUCGCCGAGCAGACAGUCCUCGCACAGAGCCAGCACCAUCAGCAGUUCCUGGACGCAUCUCGGGCCAUUCCCGAGUUUGUAGAGCUCGAUCUUGGAGAGAAUGGGGUGGAUGGUGUCAGCAUGGAGGACAUCAAAGCUCUUCAGAUACUGUACAGAGAACACUGCGAGGCCAUCUUGGACGUGGUGGUAAACCUCCAGUUUAGCUUGAUAGAGAAGCUGUGGCAGACGUUCUGGCGCUAUUGCCCUUCCAACUCAAUAGAGGGCAUCACCAUGACGGAAAACAGCGGGAUGAGUGAGAUUGAGGGGCGUCUGCCACGUGCCAGGCUGUUACUGCUGUGCCAUAGCGAGGCCGUGCUGAAGUGGAUGAACACCUGCGAUCACCUGAUGUACCAGGCUCUAGUGGAGAUCCUCAUCCCUGAUGUCCUCAGACCCAUUCCUAGUGCCUUGACUCAAGCCAUCCGUAACUUUGCCAAAAGCCUUGAGGGCUGGCUCACCAAUGCCAUGAGCGCCAUUCCCCAGAAGAUGAUCCAGACCAAGGUAUCCGCUGUUAGUGCCUUUGCGCAAACCCUGCGCAGAUACACGUCUCUGAACCACCUGGCCCAGGCAGCGCGUGCUGUCCUGCAGAACACCUCACAGAUCAACCAGAUGCUCAGUGACCUGAACCGUGUGGACUUCGCCAAUGUGCAGGAGCAGGCAUCAUGGGUCUGCCAGUGCGAGGAGGGCAUGGUGCAGCGACUCGAGCAGGACUUCAAGGCUACGCUGCAGCAGCAGAGCUCUUUGGAGCAGUGGGCCGCCUGGCUCGACAACGUGGUCAGUCAGGUCCUCAAGCCCUACGAGGACAGGCCGAGUUUCCCUAAAGCAGCCCGCCAGUUCCUUCUCAAGUGGUCCUUUUAUAGCUCGAUGGUGAUCAGAGACUUGACCCUGCGCAGUGCUGCCAGCUUCGGCUCCUUCCACCUGAUCCGGCUGCUCUAUGACGAGUACAUGUUCUACCUGGUGGAGCACCGUGUCGCCCAGGCAACCGGAGAGACACCCAUUGGGGUUAUGGGAGAGUUUGAUGACUUGAAUACCAUGUCACCUACCAACAUUGAUAAAGAUGAAGUAAGCGAGAUGGACAGCGAGCUGGACGAGGAGAUGCAGGAGGCAGGCGAGCCGCUGGCCAAGCAAGAAAAAGCAGAGGCUGAGGUGAUUCAGGUGUUGCAGGUGGGGACUAUGGAGGACGGAAGCAGCGCCGUGGUGGGUGUGGUGCAGCCGGACAUGCUGGGUACAAUGGGGGUGCAGCAGCAGUCCACCAUCCGUCACUGCGGUGGGGCUGGGAACGCCUAUGCCUCUGUGUGACACUUUCACCAGCUCUCUCUCAAUUUUUUUUCUUCUUAUCCCUCCACAUGACACCUCCUAGUUGUAUUCAUUUAUAUCUCAUCCUCACAUGUAACACGCUCUCUUAUGUUCAGCAGGGUCUGAUCACAACACUACAUCAGCAGAUGCUUCAGUCCUGCACUGCCAUUAUUUGAACUUCAUUUAUGUGAUCAGUCUAUUUGAUUCAGAGUAACCCUUGAAGGAGAGAAGGUGCUCAAUGUUAAAGUCCCUUCGCUGAAAAGAAUGGGUAAUUUUUUAUUUUUUUUUUCCAGAUGAGCAAGAACUCAAAUCCAAGUCACUAGCUCCACAGGAAAAACAAACACCACUGAAUCUCAAAAUGUAUUUGUACUGUUGAUCAUUGUUUACGUUUUUUUUUUUUUUUUUCUUUCCUGCGUGGCUUUGUGUCAGAGUUGGAAAUCUUGCUGUGUAUUGUGCUGCUAUAACCUCAAGUGAGCUGUCCAGAGAUGUCCAGCCUCCUCCUUGAGCUGUUCUCAUUGCCUUCUGUUUGUCGAAUCAGUCUCUUGGUCUGGUCUUAUGAGAGGAUUCAUUUCACAUCCUCUACGUAUCCAGUGCAGACCUGGUGAGUUUUUGCAGUUUUGGUGGUGGUAUUUUUUAUUUUUUUUUUUUUUGAUUGGAUCAAACAAAAACAUAGGGGUGUUGAUAUUGGCUGUUCCAGGUUGUCAUACAGCUUCACGUCCUCUCUCACACCUGUGCUGUGUCGUAAAACCGAGCUAAUGUCAGGGAUUUAAUGUACCUCGGGUUCAUGCUAGUGCCUUAACCCAGCAACAGCUUUUCCGUUUCGUCGAAGCUACUGCAUCGCACUGAGGGAGGCCGUUCCUUUUCUACUAGAACACUGACUGCAAAUAGUCACUGCUAGAUAUAACACCUGAUCUCUGCAACUGGACUCGUGGCUGGAUUUGUAAUCCGUCAUCAGCGCGAGCUGAUUUGUCGAUUGAUUGUGUUUAGUAAGGGAUUUGCGUGUAUGUGCGCACGUCUGCGUGUGUCUAAGUCGUUUGUGUAACCGUCACCCUACCUCACACCAGUGGUGCCAGCCGUUGGACGAACGCCCCACAAGUUUUGAUGUGCGUUACGUCGUACUGUUUAAUCUCGUCGAUUCAUCACAGUCAUUCCCUUUGUUACACACUGGAUAUCUGUACAGGGGACCAAAACUUGCUCUUUGCUAUGAUAUCAUAUACAAAUAAAUAUAUAUUGGUAUAAAUAUAAAUAUAUAUAUAUAUAGGAUAAAUCAAUUCGUACUUUUUUUUGUGUCGUAUAGCUGACUCUAAGCAGGUGGUGUUGCUUUUGUAGCUCUUUUUUUUGAUUGGUUGAUCCGUGCACUGACUGUGAAGGGGGUUCAGACUGUAUGCCAUUUUACUCAUCAACAGGAGAUUUUGAUCAUCAUUCGGAGAUUUGUGGGGGGAAGCGUCCAGUUCGUCUGAGAGACAUAUAUAGACAUAUAUAAAUAUAUUUAAAACUGGAAACUAGUCUGUGUUGCGGCACUCCGGUAAAAGGCACAGACUAUAUAAUGGACUGCUUUAUUAAUUUUUAUUUUAGUAUUUGGACUUAUUGAUUGUUUUUACAUAAUAGAAAAAAAAUCAUCACUGGAAAACAAUAUUGCCUUUUUUUUUUGUUUGUUUUUCUUUUUAAAACAUAUUUUAAGUCUGAUUUGUCUGCACAAUAUUCACACACUCGUUUCUGACUCUUCUAUAGAGGGAGGUAAAGUGUCAAUCAUGGUCUAGCGUAGAGUAAUUUCUUAAUUUCCUGUCAAAGUAACUGAAUCAUGAGCUUGACUGUUUCUUUUCUUUUCGCUUUUCAACUCUCGAGUGCAAUCUGUGAAACGGAAUAGGAAAAAAGUCACUUUCUAUACGGCAAAGAGCUGUUAGCCACUAAAUCUUACCAAAACUGAGGGAGCUGACAGGAAAUACAGAGAUUGUGAUACUGAGGUGUGUAAUUCUCUGCCACUUUUUCCAUUGAUCAUGUUUUAAUUUAGCUCCUUUGUAUGAAUGUGUGAUGUUUUGUCGUAUCCUCUUGUGCCUGGAGUGAGAAGAGCUCUUAGCCAUCAGUUAGUUUUAAACAAAAGUGCUUUUGGUCUUGCAUGCUUUUUAUUGUGCUGCUAGAAUGUCAAGAUUUUGCAGUUCUUGUUUUUUUUUUUUUUUUUUAAUAUAUAUAUUGUGAUAGUUCACAAUAAUGUGUUCUUUCUUGCCUGUUGAGUUUUUGCCAUAUUAACGAGAAGCCUACUGUUAAUUCAAUUUGUAAACAAUUUAUUUAUUUGACUUAAGACCCCGAAUGCCCUUCCCUUGUUUUAUGUCGCACUGAAGUUGGCCUUGCUAGAUUUGAUGGCUGUGUCCCAAAUCACAUACUUGUGGUAAAAGCAUUUAGAGAUCAAACAAUAAAAAAAACAGUGAACUCGCCGGAUGUUUUGAAAAAAGAAAGAAAUUAGCCUUCACUAGUGGGUUAUUGACGUGACGUGAACAGUCACUUAUUUGUGAAAAAAUGAAAUGGAGACACGGCUAAUUUCUAAGCAGUAACUGUACUUGAAUUUAACUCUCAACACACGAAAUAGCUAGCCAACAUUAGCUGUGUAGUGAACUAUGCAGUUUAGGAUGUAACUGAGCCAUUUAACCUUCAACUUUU